AUGAUGGUUGUACGGAGUGUGGUGGACAGGUUGAAGCCGGCGAUGUUAAUGGUGGUGGCUCAGAUAGGAGGUGUUGGGCUCAAUGUUUUGUACAAGCUCGCCGUGGAUGAUGGCAUGAACUUGAGAGUCCUCAUUGCAUACCGCUUUAUAUUUGCCACUGGUUUCAUUUCUCCUCUUGCUCUCAUUGUGGGGAGGAACAAAAGACCAAAGAUGACUUGGACCGUACUCUUUCAGGCAUUUCUAUGCGGGUUAUUUGGAGGAAUAUUGGCACAAAACUUAUAUUUGGAAGCAUUGGCAUUAGCGUCAGCAACAUUUGCAUCCGCGAUGGCCAAUCUUCUUCCAGCCAUCACCUUUAUCUUGGCCGUCUCCUUUCGUUUGGAAAGAUUGAAUUUAAGAACAGCACCAGGAAAAGCCAAGAUCGUUGGAACAAUAAUGGGAAUAAUUGGGGCUAUGAUUAUAACAUUCUUCAAAGGCAUAGAAAUACACACAGGUUCCUUCCACAUCGCUCUCUUGCAUCACCAUAACGGACAUGUGGUAUCACCACAAACUUCCUCUAGUGGUAACGCCCUCUUGGGUGCUCUUUAUGCACUCGGAAGCUGCUUCACCUCUGCUUUGUCGUCCAUCGUUCAGACUAAGUUGAGUAAAAGUUACCCAUGUCACUACUCAAGCACGGCUUUGUUGUGUUUCAUGGCAUCCCUCCUUUCUACUGCCUUUGCUCUUUGCGUUGAGAGGGAUUGGACUCAAUGGAAGUUAGGUUCGAAUGUCAGGCUUCUCACAGUAGCUUAUUCAGGAAUAGUGAAUUCUGGAGUAAUGAUGGUGGCGGCGACAUGGUGUAUGCAUAUGAGAGGCCCUCUUUACGUUUGUGCUUUCAACCCUCUUUUGCUUGUUUUUGUGGUCAUUUGUGGCCUUUUCAUGUUAAACGAGAAGUUACAUCUUGGAAGUAUAAUGGGAGGGAUGUCGAUAGUGUGUGGAUUAUAUGUAUUUCUAUGGGGAAAAGACAAAGAGAUAAAGAAGAUGAGUCAGCAACAUGUUUCAUCAGAAAGUCUUCUUGAUGAUGGAACCAAAGUCAGAUCUCAUGCAGAAGACAAACACAGCUCUGAUCAUAACAAUAAUUGUGACGUUGAAAUUGUUAGGGUUCGAGAUCAUUCAUCAGAAAAUGCAAGUGAAGCAGUAGUGAGGAAUUAG